UGUAAAACUUCUGGCAAAUUUUUAAACAUUUACAUUUUAUUAAUGCUAUCGAAAGAAAAACCCAAAGUAUUUGGAAGUGAAAUUGGGCAAGAAAAUUCACGCCACACCCUACCUAAUUAAUGAAAGUAAAGGAGAAAAAAUUAAUGUGCUCUGAGUGUAUUUUCGUAUUUAUCUCACAAAACACCCAAAUUAGUGAAAAACUACUGUAUAUUUUGUGAAAAAUUAAAAAAAAAAUAGUAUUUAAAAAUUUUCUGUAUUGAUUAAAUCCAGAAGAAAGUUUUUUCUUCACAUUUUGCAUUUGUGUGAGUGAGCAAGACGACGUCAUCGGUAGUUGGUUCGUAUGAUUGGAUACCAUAUUUCGAACGGUAGUUGAAAAAGGAGUAAUGUUUUGUUGGUGGAUGCAUGCAUGAGAGAAGAAGAAAUCGGGUCAUAAAUGCAAAUUUGAAAAUGACCUAAAAUUAUGAACACACUGUAAGGCCACAUCCAAGCGAAAAGCAGUAACAACAAUGGCCCUUAAAGCUGAAGAAAAACUAAAGGUCAUACUAGAGUAUGACAAAGACCAUAAGGAGAGGCCGAAAUUUCGUGCUUGGUUUCUAAAGCAAUUUGAAAAGGUCAAAGCCAAUGAUGGCUAUGACAGCCUGGAAGAGUUUGCAUUAUAUUUUCUUAAUGCACUAAGGCAACACACGGAAAGUCAUUUGAAGGUUAGCAGUGGCAAUGAUACACCCAAAUGUCAAACUCCAGUAAAAACUCAAAGGUCAAAUGUGAAUGACGAGGAUGCCGGUGCCACGAAACAUGUGGUACCGCAACACCUACAGAUAUUGUCCACUCCAAAUCAAAGCCUAAGAAAUGAUGUUUCGCAGGCUUCAAUGGGAGAUUGGACAUCUAAUUCGCAGGCUCGAUUAAGCACUUCUGUUGAUCGUUCGGGAACAUCGCAAAGGAAUCUAACAUCAACCCCCGUGAGACGUAAUGUAUCGGGGAACUCGAAACGUUUGUCUACCACACCAGGAUCUGCCAAUAAAAGUGGAACUAGUCUGUGCUUGGGUGACUUUUUGGUAAUGAAUACCACCUCUGGCUCCCACAAUCGUUCACACAACAAGAAGAAAAAUACCUCAGGCACUACGGCGACCACUCCCCAAACGACCAAUGAAAAGCCCAAGAAACGUGUUCAACCCAUAAGCAUAAGCAAAAAGGUUGAGAAGGCAGUUGGUCAGAAUUCCGUCUUUGCGGGUGAAUCUUCUUUUAGCCACGAGAAUAAUAUACUGAAAAUCUCCCACACCGAAAUUGAAGAUGAGGAACAAUGUUCCAUAUGGGCUGCCCGAAAAAUACUCAAAUCAAAGGCUAGUGAGAUAGCAAGAGAGCUGGUGGUAUCACCCUCGCUAGCAUCUGUGCCCGCUGCUGUGGUGGCUACGAGCACCCCUUCCAAGCGAAGGGAAUCACUUACCAUGGACGAAGUGGUCCUGGAUUUUGAACAUUUGGCUGGAAAGAACAUAAUCCAAAGAUUGGCGGACAUUUAUGUGGUCCUUAUCGAUACCCACUUAACAACGAAUUUUUUAAAUGAGCUAUCAUUCCUACUGAAUCUCUUAAAUGCUAGUCCUACCUCUGCCCAGACUUCCUUAGCAGAGGCUUUUAAAACACUAGAACUACAUGAAACAGAAAACGCGUCCCUGAAAUAUUUGGAGGAUGCAAGGCAUGCCGUCUACUUUGCCCUGCAGUGCCUCAAUGAACAGAAACUUCGUUUAGGUUCUUUGGAUGCCAAAACAUUGAAAGUGAUAUUUAGUAAUGAGAAUUUCGCCUAUUUGGAAGAGGGGGUGCGUUGCUACCUCCUGGAAACCUAUCAGAAGAAACAACAAAUGUUAUCGGAAAAUCCCAUGCAUGAAACGUCCAUUUGUUUUGAGUCCAAACCCUGCAACAAUGUGUACUUCCAACAGGAUCAGGAUUCAAGACAAAAUUUCACUUCCCAUCAGGAGUUUGCCAAAUUUAGAGCUCAGAGGGAUUUAUUCUGCAAAUGCCUGCAAAUGUGGGAAACAAACCAUUUGAAUCCCAACUGGAAGUUCAGUGUGGAAGUAACCCCUAAAAUUCGUGAGAUCUUCCAUCAAUCGGAGCACUGUGUAAACAUGGCCCAUUUUGCCAAAUUGUUUGUCUCCCAACUGCUGCUGUCCGCUUCUAGUGCCACAUCGCCCGAAGAAAUUGGCCUUGAUAUGGAUAUGCAAAAAUUGUCCAAACUCACACAGCGUUUGAUAGCGCCCAGCCAAUUUAGUGUGGACUAUCAGUUUCCAAGGGCGCAGGCAUUCUUCCGCGAUUUCAUUUUGAAGGCCCGCUCUCUGGCAUUUGCUGAACAAUUGAAAAUGGAGCUGUACAGCCAACUAAUCUUGUUGAAUAAUUCCUCAUUCGACCACAUAAAUAUCACUAUGGCUGAGACUGAAGCAGACAACCAUGACGAUUCUCUGCUAGCAGAGAUGGGUAAUGAGCAGGUAGCUGUCAGACCGGAGAUUUUGAAUUCCAUGCUAAUAUUGGCAAAGUUUUUGGGCUUUACCAUUAGUCUACCUUUCGUUUGCAAUGCGGGCCCGGGCCAUGUUAUGCCCUCCGGAGUGGAAAAGAAACAAUUGCGCCUCAGAGCACUCACCCAGCCCAAUUUUGAUUUGCACCUUGUGCUCCAAGAAGGCAUUGAGCAGGGAAAACUGCUGAUCACCAUACCAUGGAUGGCGCAGUAUAUCUGCAUGCUGGACAGCAUAAGUUUGCAGCUGGAGAUAUAUACAAAGGUGUUGGAUUUACUGUUUGCCUUGUAUUGGUUUCUGGGCAGUGACGGGGGUGCAAGCAAUACAAUUUUGCCUUCUACCUCGAAGUUCAUAAUCACCUCCUGCCUGGGUUGGUUAUUUGAUUCGCAACAGUUUUUGAUAGAACAAUAUUAUCAAUAUCGCUCCGUGGCCUCGCUGGAGGGCCAUGGCAAUGAACUGGACUAUGUGAAAAGUAAGCUGACCAAAGCCCAAGACAAUAAUGAUGAUGAUGGAAGAGGAGAGAAAAAUUCAUCUAAGGAAUUUAUGCUUAAUCCCCUUUUAGAAUCGUUGCUGCCAGUCGCCUGUCCUUUCUUGGCUGAGUUUCGUGUCUCAAUUAUGCCUGCAAAAUAUGCCCAAACCAAAUAUGCCUCCAGAUCAGGACGCUAUCGCCAUAUUACUACCCGCGUUGCCGAAUUAUCUCCCACCACACCAACGCCGACACCCAGAGAGGGGGAGCUGUCGGUUGAUUCGCCUGCUGCCAACUCAAAAGCCAUACAAAAUAACCUCAUACAAGCAUUUAGGAAGUCACAAAACUCCUCCACCAGACAAAUAAUAAUUUUUUGCUCCGAAAGGGUCUACAAAUGUGUAGUGAAAGAUGGGCAGCUCAAAAUUCUGCUGCCCGCCAAGAGCCAUGCCGACAGCCAAGUCAAUAAAAUCACCUCCAGUUGUUACCAUACUGUCUAUAGGGAAAUCGAAGCUAUCUACGGUUCAGCGCGACAAACGGCCAUAAGCCAAUGGAAUGAGGAGAUACCAAAAAUGUUGGAAAAACGCAUAAGCAAUUGCCUGGACAGCCUUUUGCCCGAAGAGACACCGGACAUACUAAAGAGAACCUAUCUGAUGAUGAUCAAAAAGGAUGCCCAGCAUAAGGUCUCCCAAUGGUUUUAUGCCAAUUUGAUAAAGGACAAUUAUUUCUGCGUCGAUCUCGACAAUGUCGCCAACAAAUUGUGUUCGGCCGAUAAAACCAAACAGCCCUCCGAGCUGCGCAUACUUAAGGAGACACCCAGUGUGUCGGAGUUAAUAGACACCCUGCAAUAUUGGCUACACUGUACCUCUGUGAGGACGGAACUAUUCAAAGAUUCCAAGCCCCUUGUGGAUCUGAUGCAGACAAUGAUCGAUUCAUUUGACAAUGAUUUUCCCACAAUCUUGUAUCGCCUGAUGGCUUCGAAUAUCAUUCAGCUAUUGCAACACAUAGUCACAGCAAAUAGUGAUCACCUCACCACGGAGCUAAUGGAGGCCGCUUGUCAAGUGCUCAUGCACAACAAUGUGAGGCGGGCUUUGGAUGUUUCCCAUAACACGGCAGAGGAAAACAAUUCCCCAACUCAUAGCAUUUACGACAGUCUGAUUACCAUACCAUUUCUACUAUCAUUGGCCUGCCGCACAGAGUGUUAUGCGAAAUUUGGUCUGCUCCUAAGUACCAUGAUUGAGAAGCAAAUCAUUUCUCUGAAUUACACCAAUAAUUUGUUUAUUGGCAUUUUCAAACAUGAUUGGCAUCCGGCACAAUUGAAUGAAAUUUCGAAUAUGCUGAAAAAUGUAGCCCAACGCACUUUGAGCCUCACCAAAACUCGAAGUGCCUAUGCUGGCGUAGGGGAUGCUGCAGAGAAAGAGAAUGAAGGCGAAGACGACGAUGAUGAUGAAAAAUCAAAUUUGUUCAUGGACAUGCUGGCUGAUUUAUCAAGAGAUGUUGAUUUUUACUAAAGAAUCUGUGGCGAGCGGAAGGCACCACCCUCCUUUAGUUUGGCCCUUGCUUUUUAUUCAUAGCUCUCAUAGCUCCAUAGUCUAUAGGUAAAUUAGGUAUUUUGUUUGCAAGAAGUAAAAAACAAAAACUGUUUAAACAAUUCAAUUAUGAAAUAAACAUUUUAUUUGUUAAGAAAAAA